CCGCAGGCACUGUUCGGCCGGUGGUCAUCCGGAGAGUCGUCCGCCAGAUACGAUGGCCGCCGGAACAGCCGCAACGCCUCUGCUCGGCGCCGUCCUCUUGGUUGCCGCGGCGAUGUUGGGGCAGCCGGGCGCCGGCUUUCCUGUGGAGCUGCCGGCCAACAACCGCUCCCUGGAGCUGGGCGACUGCUCCUGGGUGGAGGAGGGCUCGCAGGGACACCUGGGAACCGUGGUGUCGCGCUGCUCGGUGCCGAACGCGCGCCUCUCCACGCAUGUCACUCUCCGGACCACGCAGGUGGUGUACGCGGGCGAGGCCCCCACGUGCACGAUCAGCUGCGUGCGCGCCCUGGACCAGCUAGCGGAGACGGCGCAGCUGAACGUGACGCUGACAGGCGGCGGGCCCGGCCACACGUUCGUGUCGCUGGAGGUGCGCGCGCCCGUCGGAUACGGCUACUUCUUCACCGUGGACGCCUUCCUCAACUGCACGGGCGGCGUCGUGCCCGCGCUGCGGCAGACCUACCUGCCGGCGCCCUCCGACGUCGACGCCACCGGCGCGGGGGCGUCCGCCCCCUCCUGCUGGCCCUGUGCCGGCGGCUCCUGGUACUGACCACUCACCGUCCGAGCUAGUCCCAGUGAAAUUCGCCCCGCCGUGUGACAAUGUCGCCGUGUGUAACAAUUCAACUCCUUGGCCAACUACAGUAGUGGCUCAAACUUUGAUGUGUUACACAUUACGGAAUUUUUAUUGCAAGACCUCGUCCUGCUGUAUUUCAAAAGACAGACUUGGUGUCACACUAACGAGGACAGGUCCAGUAAGAGCAUAAUGAAAGUAGUAGGCAUUCGAGAAUAUUUUGUCAUAAUUAUUCAUUGCCAGUUACAAAUUUACACUUACCAAAGGAGAGUAAUAAAGUCGGGCGAAUAUCAGUAAAUAUAAUCGGCAUGUUACUUGCUGAAGAAAAAACAUCUUUUUGUAUGACAGGGCUGUAAAAGUGAGUAAAUUUUGUACCGUAUGUAUUCGGCAUGGUCGAGACACAUGCCCGUGUCAAAGUAUUUUCUACCCUUGUUGCUCAGUAUACACAGUAUUACAAUUUUCAGCAUUACCGUCAUCUCUAAUUUCAUUAUCAAUUUAUUGUCAAUCGUAUUCAACGCUACACGUCAUCUAGAUCUCACCAGAAACCCCACGUGAAAAUACGCCGUACCCGCAUCAACCCUUGUAAGCACCGACUCGAUGACACUGCAGAAAUGUCGUUCGGGAAAACUCAUCCACUAUGUAUUUAGAGGGCCUCAUGAUGAUGAUGAUGAUGAUGAUGAUGAUGAUGAUGAUGAUGAUGAUGUGACCGUCGAAACAAGUUGCCAGUAAAUUGAUAAUGAAAUUAUAGCUAACGGUAGUGUUGGAAAUUGUAAUAUUCCUAUCAGCUGUGGUCCUCUCUUCAUAUUUAACAAGGAUAGGUAUGCCGAAAUUGCUCGAUACUCAAUGUCAUCAAGUAUGAAUGGUUUUUUGAAAUGUGUUGUGGCCCCUUCUCUGACUGAUGUAUGACUGUGGACACAAUCAUACUUUGCUUUUUUAACUGGCGCUUCGUUUUCAAAAAUAAAUCAAUAAAUAUUAUAAAAAUGUGUGUGUGUAUAUUCCACAUCUCCUAAACCAUUGGUCCGAUUUCAACCAAACUUGGUACACAUAUGCCUUACUGUCAGGCAACAAUCGCUUUGGCGAUAAAAACUACCUAUCUAUCAUAGUCCACAUGACGUGACAUGAUUAACACUAACAUGCGUGAAAAAUUGUCGCAUUGUGCAUGACAUUUAAAUUUCUUUAUUUCUGUGCUACUUACUCUAUUCGCGACAUGUUUCACAGACAGUAUAUGCCACUGAAUGCACCUGCACAAAUAUAUCAUUAUACGACUCAUAGUUCAAGAGAUAUGACGUCAACAACACUGAUGCGUGAAAAAACGCCGCAUCGUGCAUGAAGUUUUAAUACAUUUAUUUUUUGCUACGAAGGCAAUCCUACAGUCGAGUGAACUUAACGGAAAUCCCUGACAACUGCCAGCGCUUUUGACAGCUUUCGACUGCGAAGUGCAAAUGGCUUUAGGCGAAAUAGCCGUCUAUAGAGCUUUAAAGAGGCGUUGUCAUAGAGACGUUUACAAAACCGCGUUAUAGAAACGAAAAGCUGCUGCGCCCCCUUUCACUUCAAGAGACUGCCGUUUCCUGAGACUUACAUUUGCCAUUACAGUUACAUCUGACACGGGCAGUAUAUUAAAUAUUGUGAAAUGGACCUGACAUCACCAUGUUUUUAUCAUGGACAACUUUAUGUCGCUUGCUCAAGGAUGGGCUCACCAAAGCACUUAUUCAUCGUAGCUCCUAGACAUGUAAC